GAUCCACCAUUCCAUCAAAUAUUGAGUCAAAUAUCCCGUCAAAUAUCUUACAAACAUUAGUUACAAAUAUUAACAUAACAUCAAACUGUUUAAGUGUAUUGAAAUCGUUUCCUUUUGAUUCCGACUUUCUUAAAUGUGUCCCAGAGGAUGCUUUUAAACACCUUGUACCUAUUAUUCAUAACUAUAAAGCUAUUGAGCAAGACCCCAAUACAAUACGAAAUUAUUAUGACAAUAUAACAUCAUUCCGUAAUGCUUUAUGUCAAGCACCAAAUUGCUCUAGUGACAAUAACAGAAAUGUAAUUACGAAGUUUGCUGGUGGAUGUGAAGUGGAUGUUGUCCAAAACCACAGCCCACUGGUAUUCUUUUAUUUUAUCUUAAGUCCUUUAAAAGAGCUUGGCCUCUGCAGCAAAGGCUUUCAUCUACCACCAAAAUAA